GGAGGAGAAGGAUUGGUGGAUUGGAGGACUCUGUGCUCCUGCGUUGUUUUCGCUCCCGACAUCCCCACUGUCCUUCACUCCGAGCGGGACUCCUCUGCAUUUCUCCCCGGCCUACAGCUUUUGGAAGAGUGUCUCGGCCUGCCACUCAGAGCCGGUCUGAGAGAGUUUGUGUGUGUGUGAGGCCGUGUGUGAGGGUCCCGUCCCUGAAGGCAGCAGGUGGCAGGUGGAAGGACUCGGAGGCAGAGUCAUCAUCAUCAUCAGCGUGGGCGGGGGUGGAGUCGCAGCGAGGUCAUCAUGACGUCGGUGGCGGCGGAGUUGGAGCACAUGGAGAUCCAGCAGCAGUUCAGCAGCGAGGCCGUCAACAACCGCUGGGAUGCUGACGACUGGGACAACGAGAACAGCUCGGCGCGCCUGUUCGAGCGCUCGCGCAUCAAAGCCCUCGCAGAUGAGCGUGAGGCGGUGCAGAAGAAGACCUUCACUAAGUGGGUGAACUCUCACCUGUCCCGGGUCUCCUGCAGGAUCACCGACCUCUACAUGGACCUGAGGGACGGACGCUCGCUCAUCAAGCUGCUGGAGGUCCUGUCCGGAGAGAGGCUGCCCAAACCCACUAAAGGCAGGAUGCGUAUCCACUGCCUGGAGAACGUGGACAAAGCUCUGCAGUUCCUGAAGGAGCAGCGGGUCCACCUGGAGAACAUGGGCUCGCACGACAUCGUGGACGGGAACCACCGGCUGACGCUCGGCCUCAUCUGGACCAUCAUCCUCCGCUUCCAGAUCCAGGACAUCAGCGUGGAGACGGAAGACAACAAGGAAAAGAAGUCGGCUAAAGAUGCUCUGCUGCUCUGGUGUCAGAUGAAGACUGCAGGAUAUCCAAACGUCAACAUCCACAACUUCAGCACCAGCUGGAGGGACGGGAUGGCCUUCAACGCCCUCAUCCACAAACACAGACCCGACCUGAUCGACUUUGACAAGCUGAAGAAAUCAAACGCUCACCACAACCUGCAGAAUGCCUUCAACCUGGCCGAGCAGCACCUGGGCCUCACCAAGCUGCUGGACGCCGAGGACAUCAGCGUGGACCACCCCGAUGAGAAAUCCAUCAUCACGUACGUGGUGACCUACUAUCACUACUUCUCCAAGAUGAAGGCGCUGAAGGUGGAGGGGAAGAGGAUCGGAAAGGUUCUGGACAACGCCAUCGAGACGGAGAAGAUGGUGGAUAAGUACGAGUCUCUGGCCUCCGACCUGCUGGAGUGGAUCGAGCAGACCAUCAUCAUCCUCAACAACAGGAAGUUCGCCAACUCCCUGGUGGGGGUCCAGCAGCAGCUGCAGGCCUUCAACACCUACCGCACCGUGGAGAAGCCCCCAAAGUUCACAGAGAAGGGAAACCUGGAGGUUCUUCUGUUCACCAUCCAGAGUAAGAUGAGAGCAAACAACCAGAAGGUGUACACUCCUCGAGAGGGGAAACUCAUCUCCGACAUCAACAAGGCGUGGGAGCGUCUGGAGAAGGCGGAGCACGAGCGGGAGCUGGCGCUGAGGACGGAGCUGAUCCGUCAGGAGAAGCUGGAGCAGCUCGCCCGGCGCUUCGAUCGCAAAGCCGCCAUGAGGGAGACGUGGCUGAGCGAGAACCAGCGGCUCGUCUCACAGGAUAACUUUGGAUUCGACCUGCAGGCGGUAGAAGCUGCCACUAAGAAACAUGAAGCCAUAGAAACAGACAUCGCCGCCUACGAGGAGCGAGUCCAGGUGGUUUCCGUGGCGAGGGAGAUGGAGACUGAGAAUUACCACGACAUCAAACGCAUCACGGCGAGGAAGGACAAUGUGAUCCGUCUGUGGGAGUACCUGCUGGAGCUGCUGAAGGCCCGCCGGCAGCGGCUGGAGAUGAACCUGGGGCUGCAGAGGGUCUUCCAGGAGAUGCUCUACAUUAUGGACUGGAUGGACGAGAUGAAGAUGCUGCUCCUCUCUCAGGACUACGGGAAGCACCUCCUGGGGGUGGAGGACCUGCUGCAGAAGCACGCUUUGGUGGAGGCCGACAUCAGCAUCCAGGCCGACCGAGUGAAGACCGUCAACCGCAACGCUCAGAAGUUCGCAGACGACAUGGAGGGCUAUAAGCCAUGCGACCCUCAGAUCAUCAGGGAUCGAGUCGCUCACAUGGACUUCUGCUACCAGGAGCUGAGUCAGCUGGCGUCGGAGCGGAGAGCUCGGCUCGAGGAGUCGCGCCGCCUCUGGAAGUUCUUCUGGGAGAUGGCAGAAGAGGAGGGAUGGAUCAGGGAGAAGGAGCAGAUCCUGUCCUCCGAGGAUUACGGGAAGGAUCUGACAGGAGCGCUGCGUCUGCUGAGUCAGCACAAAGCCUUCGAAGACGAGAUGAGCGGGCGCUUGGCCCACCUGCAGCAGACCAUCCGGCAGGGCGAGGAGCUGGUGGCCAACGACCACUUCGGAGCAGACAAGAUCAAAGAGCGCAUCCAAGACAUCCAGGAGCAGUGGGCAGCUCUGGAGCGUCUCUCUGCCGUCCGUAAGGCUCGUCUGCAGGAAGCCUGCAACCAGCACCAGUUCCAGGCGGACGCUGAUGACAUCGACACGUGGAUGUUGGACGUGCUGCGGAUUGUCUCCAGCGUGGACGUAGGUCACGACGAGUUUUCCACCCAGGCUCUGGUGAAGAAACACAAGGACGUGGCCGAGGAGAUCGGCAGCUACCGGCCCGUCAUCGAGGCGCUGCACGAGCAGUCCCGCACACUGCCACCAGAGAAGGCCGACUCUGAGGAGGUGCAGAGCCGGCUGGCGGGCAUCGAGGAGCGCUAUAAGGAGGUGGUGGAGCUGACGCGGCUCAGGAAGCAGGCGCUGCAGGACGCGCUCGCUCUCUACAGGAUGCUGAGCGAGGCCAACGCCUGCGAGGUGUGGAUCGACGAGAAGGAGCAGUGGCUCAACAGCAUGGACAUCCCCGAGAAGCUGGAGGACCUGGAGGUGGUGCAGCACCGGUUUGAGAGUUUGGAGCCGGAGAUGAACAACCAGGCAUCUCGAGUUGCCGUAGUGAACCAGGUCGCCCGACAACUGAUCCACAGCGGACAUCCCAGUGAGAAAGAGAUCAAAGCCCAGCAGGACAAACUCAACACCAGGUGGAGCGGGUUCAGAGACCUGGUGGAUCAGAAGAAGGACAGCCUGAGCUCGGCUCUGGGCGUCCAGAACUACCACCUGGAGUGCAACGAGACCAAGUCCUGGAUCAAGGAGAAGACCAAGGUGAUCGAGUCGACCCAGGAGCUGGGGAACGACCUGGCGGGCGUAAUGGCGCUGCAGAGGAAGCUGACGGGGAUGGAGCGCGACCUGGCCGCCAUCGAGGACAAGCUGGGAGACCUGGGGAAGGAGGCGGAGCGUCUGGCGUCCGAACACCCGGAGCAGUCUGAGGCCAUCAAGGGCCGCCUGGCUGGCAUCACCAGCGUCUGGGACGAGAUGAAGGACACCAUGAAGAACCGCGAGGAGUCCCUGGGCGAGGCCAGCAAGCUGCAGCAGUUCCUGCGCGACCUGGACGACUUCCAGUCCUGGCUGUCCCGCACUCAGACGGCCAUUGCCUCCGAGGACAUGCCCAACACACUGACGGAGGCCGAGAAGCUGCUGGCCCAGCACGAGAACAUCAAGAAUGAGAUCCACAACUAUGAGGAGGACUACCAGAAGAUGCGGGACAUGGGCGAGAUGGUGACGCAGGGCCAAACGGACGCACAGUACAUGUUCCUGCGGCAGCGGCUGCAGGCGCUCGACACCGGCUGGAACGAGCUGCACAAGAUGUGGGAGAACCGGCAGAACCUGCUGUCCCAGAGCCACGCUUACCAGCUGUUCCUCAGGGACACAAAGCAGGCCGAGGCCUUCCUCAACAACCAGGAGUACGUCCUGGCCCACACGGAGAUGCCCACCACGCUGGAGGGGGCCGAGGCGGCCAUCAAGAAGCAGGAGGACUUCAUGACGACACUGGACGCCAACGAGGAGAAAAUCAGCGGCGUGCUCGACACCGGCCGCCGCCUGGUCACCGACGGCAACAUCAACGCCGAGCGCAUCCAGGAGAAGGUGGACUCCAUCGAUGAGAGACACAAGAAGAACCGAGCGGCUGCCAGCGAGCUCCUGGCGAGGCUGAAGGACAACAGAGACCUGCAGAGGUUCCUGCAGGACUGCCAGGAGUUGUCUCUGUGGAUCAACGAGAAGAUGCUGACGGCUCAGGACAUGUCAUACGACGAGGCCAGGAACCUGCACAGCAAGUGGCUCAAACACCAGGCCUUCAUGGCCGAGCUGCAGUCCAACAAGGAGUGGCUGGACAAGAUCGACAAGGACGGUAAGGCGCUGAUGGCGGAGAAGCCGGAGACGGGGGCCAUGGUGGAGGAGAAGCUGGCGUCCCUGAAGAAGAUGUGGGAGGACCUGGAGUCCACCACGCAGACCAAAGCCAAGUGUCUGUUCGACGCCAACAAGGCGGAGCUGUUCACGCAGAGCUGCGCCGACCUGGACAAGUGGCUCGCCAGCAUGGACGGGCAGCUGCACUCCGACGACUACGGGAAGGACCUGACCUCCGUCAACAUCCUGCUGAAGAAGCAGCAGAUCCUGGAGAGCCAGGUGGAGGUGCGUCAGAAGGAGGUAGGGGAGCUGCAGCACCAGAGCCAGGCUCUCAGUCAGGAGGGGAAGGGCUCUGAGGAGGUGGACGGCCAGAGGAUCAGCGUGGAGAACAAACUGCAGGCCCUGCAGGCACCGCUGCAGACCAGGAGGGAGAACCUGAUGGCCUCCAGAGAAAUCCACCAGUUCAACCGCGACGUGGAGGACGAGAUCCUGUGGGUGGAGGAGCGGAUGCCUCUGGCGACGUCCACUGACCACGGCAACAACCUGCAGACUGUGCAGCUGCUCAUCAAGAAGAACCAGACCCUGCAGAAGGAGGUCCAGGGUCACCAGCCGCGCUACGACGACAUCUUCGAGCGCAGCCAGCACGCCCUGCGGGGGGGCAGCCCCACCGCCCAGCUGAUCCAGCAGCGCCUCACCGAGCUGCAGUCGCUGUGGGAGCAGAUCCAGAAGGAGACGGAGAAGCGGCACACUCGUCUCAGCAAGGCCCACGAGGCGCAGCAGUACUACUUCGACGCCGCCGAGGCCGAGGCCUGGAUGAGCGAGCAGGAGCUCUACAUGAUGUCGGAGGAGAAGGCCAAGGAUGAGCAGAGUUCAGUGGCCAUGCUGAAGAAGCAUCAGAUCCUGGAGCAGGCGGUGGAGGAUUACGCUGAGACCGUCCACCAGCUGUCCGGCACCAGCCGCGGCCUGGUGGCUGCAGAGCACCCCGACAGCGAGCGUAUCGGCAUGCGUCAGUCUCAGGUGGAUAAGCUGUACGCCGGGCUGAAGGAUCUUUCAGAGGAGCGUCGGGGGAAACUGGACGAGCGUCUGCGUCUCUUCCAGCUGAACCGCGAGGUGGACGACCUGGAGCAGUGGAUCGCCGAGAGGGAGGUGGUGGCCGGAUCCCACGAGCUGGGCCAGGACUACGAGCACGUCACCAUGCUGCAGGAGCGUUUCAGAGAGUUCGCCCGUGACACGGGGAACAUCGGGCAGGAGCGCGUGGACACGGUGAACCACCAGGCGGACGAUCUGAUCAACACGGGCCACGGAGACGCCGCCACCAUCGCCGAGUGGAAGGACGGGCUGAACGAGGCCUGGGCCGACCUGCUGGAGCUCAUCGACACGCGCACGCAGAUCCUCGCCGCCUCCUUCGAGCUGCACAAGUUCUACCACGACGCCAAGGAGAUCCUCAACCGCAUCCUGGACAAACACAAGAAGCUGCCCGAGGAGCUGGGCCGCGACCAGAACACGGUGGAGACGCUGCAGAGGAUGCACACCACCUUCGAACACGACAUCCAGGCGCUGGGAACGCAGGUGCGGCAGCUUCAGGAGGAUGCUGUCCGUCUGCAGUCGGCUUACGCUGGAGACAAAGCCGACGACAUUCAGAAGAGAGAGGGAGAGGUACUGGAGGCCUGGAAGUGCCUGCUGGAGGCGGCCGAGGGUCGGCGGGCGAAGCUGGUGGAGACCGGAGACAAGUUCCGCUUCUUCAGCAUGGUGCGCGACCUGAUGCUGUGGAUGGAGGACGUGAUCCGCCUGAUCGAAGCCCAGGAGAAACCCCGGGACGUGUCGUCUGUGGAGCUGCUGAUGAACAACCAUCAGGGCAUCAAGGCGGAGAUCGACGCCCGAAACGACAGCUUCACGUCCUGCAUCGAGCUGGGGAAAGCUCUGCUGGCCCACAAGCACUACGCUUCAGAGGAGAUUAAAGAAAAGUUGUUACAGUUGACGGACAAGAGGAAAGACAUGAUUGACAAGUGGGAGGACAGAUGGGAGUGGCUGAGACUGGUCCUUGAGGUGCACCAGUUCUCCCGGGAUGCCGGCGUGGCCGAGGCCUGGCUGUUGGGUCAGGACCCCUACCUGUCCAGCAGGGAGAUCGGGCUAAACGUGGACGAAGUCGAGAAGCUCAUCAAACGCCACGAGGCCUUUGAGAAGUCGGCCGCCACCUGGGAGGAACGCUUCUCCGCUCUGGAGAGGCUGACCACGAUGGAGUUAUUGGAAGUGAGAAGAAUGCAGGAGGAAGAAGAGAAGAGGAGGCAGCCCCCCCCAACUGAGGCUCUGCCUGCAGACGCUCAGAUCAGGGAAGGAGAGCCGGUGUCUCAGAACGGGCUGCCGUCAGAUCAGGAGUCUCCCAGGGAUGGGAACAUUGAAGUUGGAGAUGUGGUUAAUGGAGUGUCAGAGCCCAGCCCCGCGGGGUCUCCCGGGGGGGCUCGCAAGGGCAAGAGCAGUCAGGCGGCGACGCUGCCGGCGAAGACCCAGCAGGACGCCCCCACCUCCCAACUGGAAGGGUUCCUGCACCGCAAGCAUGAGUGGGAGGGGCACAACAAGAAGGCUUCAAGCAGGUCGUGGCACAACGUGUACUGUGUGAUAAACCAGCAGGAGAUGGGUUUCUAUAAGGACCAGAAGAGUGCGGGUCAGGGGAUCCCGUACCACAGCGAGAUCCCCGUCAGCCUGAAGGACGCCGUCUGCGAGGUGGCGCUCGACUACAAGAAGAAAAAGCACGUCUUCAAACUCAAGAUUACUGACGGGAAUGAGUAUCUCUUCCAAGCCAAAGAUGACGAGGAGAUGAACACGUGGAUCUCGGCCAUCUCGGUGGCCAUGGCGGUUGAGAAGACGGAGAUCACUCCCAGCAGCCACAGCACGCCGGCGCCCGCCGCACGCGCUCAGACGCUGCCCGCCUCCGUCGCCACAGUGACCGCCGCCACCACCGCAGAGUCCAGCCCGGGCAAACGAGAGAAAGACAAGGAGAAGCGCUUCAGUCUGUUCAGCAAGAAGAAAUAGAUGCUCCUACUUCCUACUUCCUCUUCUUCCUCCUCUUCCUCCCCUUUCCUCCUCCUCCUUCCUCUGGUGCUGUUUGGGGUUCCUUCUCAAAAUCCAUCAAUCAAAUAUUCGUUGAAGAUAUUCGAGUCAAUCGACUACAUUUUUAGAUUUAGAGUGGUAGCAUCUGAUUGAAACUAUUACAAUAACUGCUCCAAAUGCAAAGUCUGUCAUAGAAUAAGGAACACCUGCUUUAUUAAUGUGACCCAUUGAUCUCAACAGCUACUAUAGCAGUUACUACGUUAGCGGUUGCUUAGUCAAAGCAAAAUCUCAGACAACCUCUCUUCCUCUUCCUCCUCCUCCUCUUCUUUUUUUUCCUCUUCCUUCCUCCUCCUUCCUCUGUUGCUGUUUGGGUUCUCUCUUCAUUAUCGAUAUGUUGGGCAUUUGUUGAAGAUUUCCCGGUAAAUCUGCAAAAGAAUUGGAUUUAUGUUUAACCCCUGCAGCUGAUACAAACUAACCAAAAUGUAAUUAAAUUGAAAUAUAAUGUGAGGUAUGUGAAUGUAAUAACAUCAAGGGAUGAAAGAAAACAGCUUUAUUAAGAUGUAACUCAUGGAUGUAAACGCUUCCUAAAGCAGUUACGAUAAUAGCAGUUGCUGCGUCAAACAAAAUCCCAAACAGCCUCCCUUCCUCCUCCUCCUCCUCCUCUUCCUCUCUGAAAGCGUGACUCCAGCAUGCAAGCUCCGAGCCAAAACUCUCCACUCUGUGCCUAACAACCGUCGGUCCGGCUCAGAGCGACAGCUACAACACACACACACACACCUGUAUCCUCGGUUCAGUUUUUGUAAGAUAAGGAGCAGGAUAAAAAAAAAAACGCUUAAAAAAAAUCAAAGAUUGGAUUGAAGGAAACCUAAUUUAAAAAGAAAAACGGGGUCUGCAAACGCUGCUGUCAUAAAGGUAAAAACCAGAGUUCGCCGCUGAACAACAACACUUUAGAGGAGUUCCCAGAAUAUCCCCGUUUAUUAUCCUUAAUGCUAUUAUUUGUGUUUUCUAUCUCCUCUCCGCUUUCUCAUCACUCCCGGCUUUUCGUCGACUACUGCCUUGUGUGGGUUGUGUUUACGCUCCAAGCUCGUCUUUGUUUCAGUUUUUUUUUUUCAUGGGAAGUUGUAGGUAGUUCCUGUUUAGGCUCCAUCCUCAGUUUUUGCGAGGCCUUGUCUUUGCAAGAUGACGUGUAUCCCUCUGUCGUGGGGAAAACUGAGACCACAGCGGGGUAAACCUCUGAAAUUACACCUUUUUUUUUUCCAGCUGAAAUGUCCAAACUUAUGUAAAGAAUGCUGACAGUAAAAUGCUAUUUGAAGUAUAAAACAAAAGGUGCACUAAAUUGAAUUUCGUGCACUGAGUAAUUCAGCUUUUCCUUUGGUUAAAUGUGUGCAAUAAACCUGUGAAAAGCUAAUUAUCAUCGUGAUGCUCUGCUCAGUACUGGUGCUGUCUAACUCCUGCAGACAGAAAAAGAAGUGGCUGUAAUUUAGAGCGUUACCCUGCGGUGCUUUGAACUGUAUGUAUAACUUGUGUAUAACAAACUGUUUCAAAAAUAAACCUGUGUUUAAUAUUUACUACUAAUAAGACCUACCAACCGUAAUAAGCUUAGUAUAACUUUCUUUACCUAGAAAAUCUAAAUGUACACUAAACAAAUCCGAAUGAAGGAGAAUAAAUAACAAAGACCAGUAA